UGUGAGUCCAGCAACAUAACCAUUACGCUAACUGCUGGUUCCCCUGGCAACUAUUCUGAGGAGUUCAGCUGAAAAGGGAAAUGGGCCAGUGGGACGGUACCUAGACAGGCGUGUGAGAUGAGGACAGGGAGCUAUGACUGUGGCGGAUAUUCCAAAGUGCCCUGUGGUGGGACCUUUGGGUUAUUGUUGCCACUGCUGUUUUACUGUUAUAGAUAGUACUGGUGAAAAGGAGGCCUCGUCAGGGUCUUGUUAUUGAAAAGAAAUGCCCUUGUCCUGGGUAUGUACGUGUUUUGUUUACAGACACCCUGCCGAUCUGUAUCAGUUCAACAUUUCUAGUUUGCUGAAAGAUGGAAGGCUCUGAUAUUGUUCACUAAGGUUUCCUUUGGCCAGCACUCUGGGUCUCCUGCAUUUCAGAGCGCACAGAGAGCCUAUAGUCACAGGGCUCAGUUCCCUCCCCGACCACUCCCUUGACAACAGCCCCAUGGGUCCCUCCCCUGUAGUGUAGUAUGGCCACACAGAAAGUUCUAGAACUACAAGGACUGUAUUGGGUCCAUUAACCCCUUGUUCCCAGGAAUACCUGCCCACCUCAUUGAACUCCUGGGGAGAGGAAGGGAGUACCUAAUGGUCACACCAGGCAGCAAGGCCUUCAUGAGUCCAGGUGCCUGCCAGGACCCUGUUUCUUACACAGCAAGAGAGUUCUGAGCCAGCCAGCCUGCCCAGAGCCCUUGAGGGCAGCAGGGUAAGGCCUAAAGGGUCACAUGCUCAGCAGUCAAAGACCAAGGACAGCUGGACUGAGCCAGACACCAGGCUCCAGUUUCCUCUGAAAGAGCUGCAGCUUCUUGGGAAGUGAAGGGCUCUUCUUCAGUCCCAUGUGGUCUACACAGGGAUGGAUCCCAGGGACGAAAUCUUCUUUCAGACAGGACCCCUACACAUGCACAUGCACACAGACUUAGACACACACGGAAACUGAAUGAUGCACACCAGUAUGAACACGGACCCACAAUGAUGUGCCUAUUCAUGGCCAUGUGUCACACGGUCACACACAUUAGUAGACACCCACACCCAUCUGAAGACACACAUAAACACACACAUGAGGAUUCACACCCCACACAGUGCACACUGACACUAGCCCAUUAGUGUCAAUAAAGAUACACACUGACGCAUACUACACAGGGACACUCUGAAGCAUGUCCACGCCCACACCACAGACACCGAAAAACACAGCGGUGCACAGUUACAGACACACAGACACAUGUCAAUGUAAAGGUACAGACCAAGUUGCACUAAUACAUUCAUGGGUCAUCUACAUGCCGACUCACACGCCGACACACAUACCUGAAAUACAGAGCUGCCCUGACAUGCCAGACAGACAUGCACCAAAGCAAAUGUAUGCACAAAAUACACACCGAACACCCUGACCCAGUCAGCACGUUCCGACCAGCCCCAGGGUCUUCAGGGCCGUUCAGGGCUGCCCACAUCCUGCACCCCACCCCCAGGGGGAGAUGAUGUCCUAAGCUCCGCUGGAUCCACGUGACAUCAACCAGCCCCUCGCUUGCUGGGAGUUCCGAGCUCUGUGCUGGGGCCAGGCCGGCACCAGGCACAGACACUCCAGCCCUUGUUGGGAGAACAGAGAAGCUCUCUUGUCACUGCCAGUCUUCGGCUCCAACUGCUGGUUCUCCCAGAGGCCUCUCCUCAGGCUGUCCAGAGCCUACCUGAUCACUGCAACGGGAUGGACUCCAGCCCAGCCGGGACCCCCAGUCCACAGCUCUCAAGAGCCAAUGGGAACAUCAACCUGGGGCCUUCAGCCAACCCAAAUGCCCGGCCUACAGACUUCGACUUCCUCAAAGUCAUUGGCAAGGGGAACUACGGGAAGGUCCUGCUGGCCAAGCGCAAGUCCGAUGGGACAUUCUACGCAGUGAAGGUGCUGCAGAAAAAGUCCAUCCUCAAGAAGAAAGAGCAGAGCCACAUCAUGGCGGAGCGCAGUGUGCUUCUGAAGAACGUGCGGCACCCCUUCCUUGUGGGCCUGCGCUACUCCUUCCAGACGUCCGAGAAGCUCUACUUUGUGCUGGACUAUGUCAACGGGGGAGAGCUCUUCUUCCACCUGCAGCGGGAGCGCCGGUUCCUGGAGCCCCGGGCCAGGUUCUAUGCCGCAGAGGUGGCCAGCGCCAUCGGCUACUUGCACUCCCUCAACAUCAUUUACAGGGACCUGAAACCAGAGAACAUUCUCUUGGACUGUCAGGGACAUGUGGUGCUGACAGAUUUUGGCCUCUGCAAGGAAGGUGUAGAGCCUGAGGAGACCACAUCCACGUUCUGUGGCACCCCCGAGUACUUGGCUCCCGAAGUGCUUCGUAAAGAGCCUUACGACCGGGCAGUGGACUGGUGGUGUUUGGGGGCAGUCAUCUACGAGAUGCUACAUGGCCUGCCGCCCUUCUACAACCCAGACAUUUCUCAGAUGUAUGAGAACAUUUUACACCAGCCACUACAGAUCCCGGGGGGCCGGACAGUGGCUGCCUGUGACCUCCUGCAAGGCCUUCUCCACAAGGACCAGAGGCAACGGCUGGGCUCCAAAGCCGACUUUCUUGACAUAAAGAACCAUGUAUUCUUCAGCCCCAUAAACUGGGACGACUUGUACCAUAAGAGGCUGACUCCACCUUUCAACCCAAAUGUGGCAGGACCUGCUGACUUGAAACACUUCGACCCAGAGUUCACACAGGAAACUGUCUCCAAGUCCAUUGGCUGCACCCCUGACACUGUGGCCAGCAGCUCUGGGGCCUCCAGUGCAUUCUUGGGGUUUUCCUACGCACCAGAGGAAGAGGACAUCUUGGAUUGCUAGAAGAGAAGUGCCUGUGGAAGCUCUGAGAUCAGCUGGCAUUAGUAAUCACCUUCAGCUGCUAGUGCCAGAGACUGCAUGAAACAAUGGCUGAAGAGAAACAGGGUUUUUGUUUUGUUUUCCCCCCACAGCAGAAAAGAAAAGCAUCAGAUGAUCCAAGGCUGGUACAAUAGGUCAUUGAAUGGUCAGCUACUGUCUUUCCGCUCUGCCAUCUUUGGCUUCCAGUUGGUUGCCACACGAUGCCUACUGGAGCCCUGGCCACCAUUUGUAUUCUAGGCAGAGAAUGGGGAGGGGGAGUAAAAGGGCACAUGUAAGAACAUUCUCAGAAGUCCCCACCCUAUGGCUUCUGCUUACAUCUCAUGACACACCUCUAUGUCGUAGAAACUUAUUAGCUGGGCUUGUGACUACCCUAGUAACAAAGCAGUUCAGACACUAAGGGGGAAAGGGAAGCAUGUUGGGUAGGUAACUGUCCCAGCCCACGGAACAAUCGAGCAGGGUGCCUGAGUGAAAGAGCGGAGGUCUGGAACUGGCGCAGCGUUACAGGUAACCAGCACUUUCCCAGGGGGGGUUCCUGGUGUUUGGCCUUUGCUCUCAAUGAUAGAUGGAAGAGCUGUAAUAAGCCUGCAGGGCAUUGCCCAACAUCUCCUACUGUUCCAUAUUGAUGGUGUCUUUGUUGUGGGUGGUAUUGGUCAUUUGUAACCAGGUUUCAAUGCCUGGCAUCGGAGCCCUUUCCUAGAUUCAAGGAGUUCCCUACUUUAUGAGCCUAGAUGAGGGGCACUACCUACCUCCACUUAAGAGUAGCUGAAAACAUGAUACCGACUUUCUCAGACUUCGCUGAACUAGGGCAGU